UGUACCACGUCCACUAAAAUUGCAUAAACUUCAUAUUCGAGUGCAUUAAAAUAGGUUUGACAUUUUACCUGUUUAAAGAAUACAGGUUUCCGGCGAUAAAAAUUAAAUAUCCCGAAACGUGAGCAUUUAAAACUCGUUUUGCGCAAAUUGUUUAUUUUACCUUCUGUGUCCGACCGAUUGUUGCGUCUCGAUCAAGAAAAUCGUGUGGUGCGUGUGCGUUAGUUAGUUGUCGAAAUUCGAACGUCGAAUCGGCGUUUGGUUCACGCGAGAUGGGUAGCGAGAUAACAAUGACCAUUUAAACCGUGAAUAUCCGCAUGUUAUUUAAUUUCCAUCCAACGUAAACCCAGUUCAUGAACCUUUGGGUCGCUUGAGGUCUUGACUAGAGAUGGCGCGCGCCGCCGUAUUUAUAAAUUAGUUUUAGUUUUGCCGUAAUUUUUUAUUAAUUGUUCAGUGUGGGGUAACUUUUUUGGCAAUUUUUGGUGGUGACUUCAACGAGCGAUUAAAAUUCGUGCGUUCGCACCCACGCCGGACAUUUAAAUGCUUUCAUAUAAGUCGGUAUAACAGUGAACUGUAUGUUUUCCCUCCAAAACGGACGCCAUCUGGCCAAAAUGUACAUUUGUUUUGUUUGGCGUUGCGUGAAGAAAUUGUAGUGGAACAAUCGUCGAAAAGUGUGAUUUUCUAACAUGUUUCAAACGCCCAAACGUCGAAAGUUAUCGACCAAGGUGCCGGGCAAUAGAAAUGUGACGCCCAACGGCCGAGUUUUAAAGGUAAAAAGUGAAAACGGUGCAGACAAAGAACCGGUUAACGGAAGAUCGCCAGGAACGGAACGGAAUGAUAGUGUUGGACAUUUAACUUCGCCAUCGGAAACGAAAAGGGGCAGACCGAGGGCCGAGUCGUUGAACAGUUUGAUAUUGAUGGGGUCCACGUCCCCCAGCUCGAUAAAAUGUUCGUUUUGCCAGAGAGUGUUCCCCAGGGACAAGUCGCUGCAGGCUCACUUGAGAACGCACACGGGUGAAAAACCCUACGCAUGCGACUUCCCCGAAUGUACAAGACAGUUCGCCCAAUCGGGCCAGCUGAAGACACACCAAAGAAUCCACACAGGCGAGAAGCCGUUCGUGUGUGCGGCACCCAAUUGUAAGAGGCGGUUCAAACACGCGAACCGACACUGCUCCGACCACCCAGACUCGCAGGUCAAGAGGCAGGUCGUCAAGAUCGAGAGGACGUCCGACGGCGGCUCCGACGACGGCUCCAGCGUCGACUACGACUCGCACAACGCCCGCGUGAGGGAAUGGCUCAGGAACUACGAAAAGCGGAACAAGAGCAAUGCAGAAAACCUGGACACGACGCCGAAGAAGUCGAUCUUCGGACGCGAGGAGGAGACGGUGUGCAGCAGCGGCAGUUCGGCGUACUUUUCGAACUGUUCGUCGGCGAACCUGACCGACGACAACGAGAACUCGCCGCAGUCGGACGCCAGCAACACGUCGUACGACCUGACGCCCUUGAGGAACUCGUCGUCUCUGAAGUUCCCCAAGAAACGGUGGCUGAGGGAGGCGGUCCAGGACCAGCAUAUCUGGGACAACGGCAACGAUUUGGCGCAUCCGCUGAACUGGGGCGAGGAGCUUUGCUCCAACGGUGAACUGGAGAGGGGCAAGGGCAACGGUGAGGUGCAGAUUGCGGUCUGUCUGGAGGAGCAGCCCUUGCCUUUGGUGAAGCCCAAGGAGGAGAACGAUGAGAACCAGAAGAGGCCUUCAGUUUUGGUUUGUGUGCAGGGUGGCAAAAGGAAGGAGAUAUCUAGUGAUGAAAUCCAAGGUGCUAUGGCUUUAGUUGAACUAAAAAAUGCCAACAUGCGGAUUUAAAGUAGUACAAGACUGCUUGUGAUAAUUAGUUUUUAUCCUGUUUCCAUGUUUUGUUUCUAAAUUUUAUUUUUCACACGAAUAUUACUCUUGAAUGAGGUUUUAUAUUGUUUAAAUGUAUUUAUAGAAUUGAUGUUAUUGAGUAGGGGCAUUGGCAACAGUUUAUUGAUGGUUUGACUGGACUUAAACCCUUAAAUGACCGUUGACAAUGUUGACAUUGACAAUACUGUUUAGGGUAAUUGUGAUGUUAAGGGAAAGAAAGGGUAAUGUUUUUUUAUUGAAGACAUGCACAAAUGUGAUUGUUAUAGUAUAGGUAUUUAUUACAAAUAUGUUGGUAUGCAGUUACUUUCUCUAGGGAUUGGCAAUUUUUAAAAUAUUUAUUCGAAUUUUUAAACAAUUUUAAUCAGUUUCAGUAUUAUUGUCUCUUUGGUGAAACAUUUCAAAUGUAAUUAGUAUUAAAGAAACUUAUCGUAUUUUUUCUGUCUUAUUUUAUCAAAAAUGUUGCGUGUUUUUCAUUUAAGUAAAUACUGUUCUAAGUAUUGUUAUAACCAAUUUAAUAAUUUAUUGGAAAAAUACGUAAUGUUUUCGAGAUUGGUCACUUAUAAUAAACUGCUAAUAUUUUUUUGUAGUUAUUUAUUUUUAUCAAAACUUUACUCAAUUCUAAGAGUUGUCUUUAUAAUAAAUAUAUUCGUCUUUAAA